CGCGCUUAGCUUGGCGUCCGUGUCUAGGGUAUUAGCUAGCUAUCAGCACCGUUGAAGCUUAACAUCUUUAAACUUGUUGGACGAAGUUGGAUUGCAGUAUCAGCGAAUUUAUUAUCUACAUAUUGCAAAAAAAUGAGCCUGUCUCUCCGGACUGACCUAACUGCUGAUAAGAGUAAAAGGAAGAAAAGGAGAGAACUUACUGAGGAGCAGAAGGAUGAAAUAAAGGAGGCAUUUGAACUCUUUGAUACAGACAAGGACAAAGAAAUAGAUUAUCAUGAGUUAAAGGUUGCGAUGAGAGCGCUUGGAUUUGAGGUGAAGAAAGUAGAUGUGUUGAAGAUCUUAAAAGACUAUGACAGAGAAGGAACCGGGAAAAUAACUUUUGAAGAUUUCAAAGAAGUGGUGACGGACAUGAUAAUAGACCGAGACCCAAAAGAGGAAAUCCUAAAAGCUUUUAAACUGUUUGACGACGAUGAAACGGGAAAGAUCAGCCUGAGGAACAUGCGGCGAGUGGCCAGAGAACUGGGCGAAGACAUGAGCGAUGAAGACCUGCGUGCUAUGAUCGAUGAAUUUGAUACCGAUGGGGAUGGCGAGAUAAAUCAAGAGGAAUUCGUCUCUAUCAUGACUGGCGACUCGUGAGCUGCUGUGUUUUUUUUUAGGGAAUCGAUCCCUGAAGAUUUGGCAGCACAUUUAGGCUGUGAAGAGCUGAUCGUUCAGUUUGAAGAUUGAUCUUAUUCAUGAAACGUAAACAAUUUCAAUGUAUUGAAUGGUAGGUCUGAUUGGUGCUAAAAUUCUGGACAGAAGCUUGAACGGAACUGAACAUGAUCAACUUUGGGGUCAUGAAUCGGUUGGUUUUAUUUUUAUUAUCGGAAACCUGUUAUGACUUUAAUGAUUUGUGUUGUAGUUGUCUAUCUUGCAUUUGAAAUAACAUUCCAAAAUACCAUUUAUUGUAAAUAAUUAGUAAAAAAAAAACUAUAUCUCUUUGGCUAAAGGAUAUUUUAUUUCCUAUUUUUAAAUAAGUGUUGCGAGUCUGGUUUAGAUUAGUAUAUGGUCCAUUUUUAUAGCUAUUCUACAGGUUCUAUGGUUGAAAGAGUGUUCAUAUUUUUUAUCUUGUCCAAUAGAGGGAGACAUUAUUCAUAGGAAAUCAGGGCUGCUGUUGUAUCAUCUGGGUUUUCAAAAGAACACUAUUUGGAUGUGUUUAUUCAAGCCAAAAGGAAAUAGAUUCCCAUUUAAAAGAUGCAAAAAUUUUACCUCUCUAAAAUUAAAAAGUAAAAAAAGUAGUGUAAUACUUAGAAGUCAUACAAGAAAACAAAAUUAAAUAUGAAUUACAAAGAAAAAUUAAUCCACAAUUCUUUCAACAUUUAUUCCCAUCAUGAUGUACCCAGCCUUUAGGACUUUUUUCUUUGCUGAAACUAAAAUGGAGAUUUGGUGUGAGUGUCAGUCUCAGUCACAAUUCACUUUCAUUGGAUUUGGAUGUGAUGAGGAGGAGGGCGUUGCCUGGACGUGAGGGUGCACGGCUGGCGCUUAAUCAGGCUAGGUCUACAUUAUUCCGGAUACAUUUGAAAACUGCGUUUUCGUUUCAAAACGCUCUCCGUCCACACUAGCGUUCAAGCGUGUUCAAAAUGUUGCUCCUCAACACUGAAACGUAUGAAAACGCUUAAAUCAUGUUACUGCGCAUGCGGAAAAUCCCCGUUGCAUGUACGGUCUGAAACGCGAUUGUCCUCGUGUUCCGUUGCCAGACACCAAUUCCGAGUAAACUUCCCUUCACCUUUGAAGGAUAUACAAAGUAACAUAAAUUUUUUUAACAAUGGUAUCAAAGUGAGUAUAAAGUACAACAGCACCGCUGUAACAUGGGCCGCCAUCUUGAUUGUUUUUGUUGGAUAGAUCACAUGACUGCAUCACAUGACAACAAAUACAUCAUUUUCAGACAUAACCAUUUUCACAGUCCACACUACAAUGCGAAAACGGCAUUUUAAAAUGUAUCUACUUUGGAGUGCGUUUUCAAAAAGCUCAGUUUUCGCGUACUAAAAUGCUGUCUCCGUGUGGACGGAAGGCCAAAACGGAGAGAAAAAGAUGCAUUUUCAGUGAAAACAGGAGGGAGGAGGGAUGCGCUGUCACUGAGUCCUCACCACUGCCAUCCGCCAAAGGAGCAGCCGUGGCCAUCUGUGUGGGGAUGGAGGGGUCGCUGCCGGCCACCGAGAGCCGGAGGGACUGCUGCCGUCUGCGGCGGGAAGAGCGAACUGUUGUCCACCAGAGGGCGGAGGAGCGGUUGAGGACCAGUCGACAGCAUGUCCGGGGACCAGCAAGCAAGUUUUUCUCUUUCUCUCCUCUCUCUCUCUGUGUAUGUCUCCCGCUUGCCCUUUCCCUCUCGCCACGCCUCCCCUCGUCUCUCCCCCAGUUUCCCAGGAGGCAGGGUGGACCACCGGCUGACAGAACAGCCGGAGGGGCAGUGUCUCCCCUCUAGAGAAGGAGUGUGACAAGGAGGGCGUGGUCGGGCCAUGCGCGGCCAGCGCUGAAUUAUAUGAUCAGCGGGAGAGCGAGAUGAAGGGGGGCCAGAGGCGCCAGUUCGGGAGAGAGAGAGAGAUGCACGCAGUUGCACUGAAUGUGUGUGUGUGUUUGUUUAUGUUUGCUUUAUGUUGAGUUUGAUAUUAAAAGUUAAGUUGACUGUUCAGCCGGUUCCCGCCUCCUCCUCGCCCAUCCUUUAGCUGUUACAUUGGGAUAAAAGCAAUGAAAGUGAAUAGUGACUGAGGCUAAAAUUUCUGUCUCCUUUUGUGUUCCAUAGAAGUCAGUGAUACAGGUUUGGAACAAUAUAAAACUGAGUAAAUGAUGAGAGAAUUUCAUUUUUGGUUUGAACUAUCCCUUUAACAGAUGUUACUUAAAAGUGCUUUUGAAUCAAUUGAGCCACUAUAGAAAUUAAAGUUCACACAAAAGUUCAUUUCUAUCAUCAUUUAUUCAGCCUUGUAUCAUUCCAAACAUAUGACUUUCUUUUGUGGAAACUAGGUGCAUUGUGGUUGGUUGCGCAGCAUACAACAACCAAUGGCGUUUGGUGUCAUUGAUGUCAAACAUGCCCUGAUUCCCCUUCACACAAGAUUUUCACUGAAUAAUUACUUAAAUUUCAAUCUGUUCCUCGCAAUGUUUUGGAAUGGCUUGAAAAGGGUUUGAAUAUUCCAUACAAGUUCUAUUCUACUUUUAUUGACAGUAACAAAAUUGUUUACUUUAAUGCAGACAUAGAUUAACUAAAUAAAUGGGAAAAGCAUAACCAAGUGGAUCUAUUUAAAGAUAAAUAAAAAUAAAGCAACUUGCUUUUUGUAGUUGCUAUAUAAAACUGG